GUAGUCGCGUUGUUGGCCACGCAUAGGCUCAGAAAGAGUACGUCAAGAGGCUUCGUUGCUCUCUUCUGCAGACACACAAGGUCUCUAUAAAUGCGUGCGCGUUCGUUCAUUACUACCAGUCGACACCGGUGGGAGGUCAGUCUCUUUCGCGGCGAGGCGCACGCGUCAAACGUAUAACGCAACAACGUUUCUCUUCAUCCUUUUCUAAUCUCAUACUCCGUUCUUCCUUCUCCGAUUCUCUUUAGCUCCCUCUUCUUCGUUAUCACUUCACUUGACAAUGACGAAGAUUCAUCGUAACGCGGUGCAUCAUCAAAGUGCAUAAACGACGUGGAUCAAGUUGUUUACGCGCGUAAUAAUUCAAUCGUGAAUACUAGAAAUUGCAUCGUUCGAUUGAUCGAAUGGAUCGAUCGAUCCUAGAAGAAAAGUGAAAGUUCAUUGAUUUUCAUUCGAUAUCGAGAUAAUUAUGAAAUAGAUAAUAAUUGAAGGAUAAGGGGAAAAAAUAUAAAAAGAAGUUAUUGAACGUAGAUGAAAAAGGAUAGAAGAGAGAUGUAUCUAGGUCGCACAUAUUCUACACGAUCUAACAUGAAAGUUUUCAUCGAUCAUUCACUUUAGAAGUAUCAUGUGCGGUCGGAUCGAUUAUAAACGUUCCUAUGAGAAGAGUGUCAGAUCAAUAUAUCAUCACUCAUUAAAAGUGAAUGUACGCAAGUAAGCGCGUGGCUCUCAACGACAAACGAGUCAACGACUUACCCACCGGCCACUUCGUAAAAUUUUUUGCCACCAAUCCGAAUACGUUUGCAUAUUCGUAUGUUGUUGGAAUGCAAAAAGUGCAAUCGAACAUUCCUAUUCUAUUAAACGAGAUUACGUAGACAACGAACUUUCAUAACGAAUCGAAAAGAAGUUUUACGAAACACACACACACAUAUAUAUUGUUUUGCAAGUAAAUAAAAACGUUUAAUCAACAUCAAAGAAACAAAGAUAGUAAAAAUGUUGGAACUAUUAAAACAACUUUUAGAUCCUUUCCUUUUAACUGGCCUAUUUUUCGGCAUUUUGUACUUUUAUUUUACGGCGACUUUUAAUUAUUGGGAAAACCUUUGUGUACCAUUCAAGAAACCAACCGUUUUGGUCGGUAAUUUUGGAUCCUUGUUAUUAUUUCGAAAAUCUCAGCCAGAAGGAGUGAAGGAAAUGUACGAGUGGUUCAAGAACGAAAGAUUCUUUGGGGUUUUUCGUGUUAGGUCACCGAUUUUAAUACUAAGGGAUCCUGAUCUUGUCAAGAGCAUUUGCGUUAAGGACUUCGUUUGUUUUGGAAAUCGUGGCAUACCAACUAAUAAUUCUCAGGAUCCAUUGUCAGGUCAUCUUUUCAAUUUGGAAGGAAGAAAGUGGAAGGGUCUGAGGUCUAAGUUAACGCCAACUUUUUCCUCGGGCAAACUAAAACGAAUGUUUUAUUUAUUAGCCGAGUGUUCCGAAGAAUUUCGAAAACUUAUCAGUAAAGCUUCCGAAGGAAAAACAGCUGUGGAGGUUCGUGAGCUAGCAGCAAAAUUUACGAUCGACGUCAUUGGUAGUUGUGCUUUCGGCAUACAAAUAAAUGCUUUGACCGAUGAAGACUCCGAAUUCCAUAGGGCUGCAAAGAAACUCUCAAGGCCAAGUUACAAAGCGACGUUGUGGAGGAUGCUUCGUACAGCCAUGCCUAAGAUCUAUAAGUUUCUAGGCGUUCAGGUCAUCGAUCCUGAGGUUACUAUGUUUUUCAAGAACGUCGUGUCGCAGAUGAUCAAGCAACGAGAGAGCUGCGACCAAAGGAGACACGAUUUUAUGGAUCUCUUAGUGGAAUUGAAGAAUAAAGGAAGCUUGGAAAACGACAUAGGAUCGAUAUCCCAAGCGUUGAACGAAGAGGACGUUCAAGCCGCAAAGGAAAUUGAGCUCGAUGAAAAUUCCAUCGCGGCCCAGGCCUUCGUUUUCUUCGCGGCCGGUUACGAAACUUCGUCCAACACAAUAGCGUUCUGUCUGCACGAAUUGGCAUUAAAUGAAGAAAUUCAGGAGAAGACUAGGCGAGAUAUCAACGACUCCAUAACGAAACGAGAUGGGAAAUUAACUUACGAUGCCGUUCAGGAUAUGAAAUAUCUCGACUUGGUGAUAUUAGAAACUCUCAGAAAAUAUCCACCAGCUCCGUUACUCUCUCGAAGAUGCGAAUACAAAUAUCAAAUACCUGGAAGCAACGUCGAACUACCAGCUGGAAUGCGAGUUGUCAUACCAAUUUACGGUCUCCAUCAUGAUCCGGACCAUUAUCCAGAUCCUGAGACAUUUAAUCCUGACAGAUUUAUGGAUGAUAACAAACGAACGAGACAUCCAUAUACUUAUCUUCCUUUUGGAGAAGGACCACGAGCUUGUAUAGGAAUUCGAUUCGCACUGCUGCAAAUUAAAAUUGGAAUAAUUUCCUUCUUGAGAAGUCAUGCGGUUCAGGUUUCCAAUAAAACAGUUCAUCCCAUUAAAUUCAGCAGGCGAAGCCUUGUUACGACGAGCGAAGAUGGAUUUUGGCUUAAUAUUAUUACUUCAGAAUCUGACAAUUCUUAAAAUAUUUUCAAUCAUUAGAAUUUAAUGUACUUAACCUUCUUUGUUUUUUUCUUUUUUUUUUAUUUAUUUAUCAUUUUUUUUUUUUUCUUUUUUUUAUAAAGAUCAUCGCACUUUGCUAAAUUUCUAAGUCAUUCUCCAUAUAGAAAUAGACUGAUAUACUUGAAAUUUUACUUGGUAUUAUUAAAAUUAAAGGUAUAAUUGAUAAAGAUCUUUAAAUAGAAUAGAUAAGAAAAUACACGUUCUUUUAUUUUUAUACGUUUUCUAUUUCUUUUAUUCUUUUUUUUUUUUGCAAUAAUAACGGCUUUGAUCGUUUUACAAAAAUCAAGUCCUUACGAAAGAUUUUCUACGCGAUUGCAAUUAUUGUAUUACCCCAUUAUUUAUCAUACGUCUCUAUUAAUUAAAUAAAAAGUAAUAAUAAAUUA